AUCCGCUCUUCCUGGACCCUGCAUUCACUAUAUCCGGUCUCCCCGGACCCCGCAUUCACUAUAUCCACCCUCCCUGGACCCCCCAAUGACCCAAACAACCUCAGACCCAUCUCCCUGCUCCCAUUUACAUCCAAACUCCUCGAGUGCCUAGUCUACACCGGACUAUGCUCUCACCUCAUGACAACAACCUCCUCGACCCCCUACAGUCCGGCUUCCGUCCCCUACACUCCACCGAAACUGCCUUACUCAAACUCUCCAACGAUCUGC